UGUACCAAGUAUCGUUUCUUCGUCCAAAGCAAAUCUGCCACCGAUCUAUCUCAGUUUCAAUUCAAACAUGGGUUUGAUUCACUCGACUAAAACACAGAGAGGAGCUCCUGUAUCCUUAGGAUUUUAUUUGUAUCGAAUGACAAAUAACAAUAUCAUCCUCAACCAUGACUUCUCCGGAGGCUUGCAAUUCUGGCGCCCAAAUUGCUGCCAUGGGUAUGUGAUAUCAAAAGCACCUGGUUGCGCUGAAGGAGUGGUUUCUGAAUCAGGGACAAGCUAUGCCGUUGCCUCGAAUAGAACCCAGCCUUGGCAAGGUCUAGAGCAGGACAUCACUUCGAGGAUUUCCCCGCAUUCUAGCUACACCUUCUUUGCUUCAGUUCGAGUACGUGGGUGCCAUGAGUCUCGCGUCCAAGCUACGCUCAGGUUGGAGCAGGUGGGCUCCUCGCCCACUUUUGCUUACAUUGGAAGCACCAUAGCGUCAAACAAGAGGUGGGUUAAUCUGGAAGGGAAGUUUUCUUUGACGAGUGUUCCAACGCGUGUGAUUGUUUAUCUGGAAGGUCCUGAUCCCGGCGUUGAUUUGCUUGUCGAUCAGGUUUACGUUUGUCAUUCUUCUGGCCCUACCCGCGGCGAAUUUGAGGAAGAGGUUAAAGCUGUCACAGAUGAUGAGGCUGAGAACAUCAUACUAAAUCCUCGGUUUGAAGAUGGUCUUAAUACUUGGAGUGGAAAAGGUUGCAAGAUUGUUUUACAUCGUUCCAUGGGAGAUGGUAAAGUUCUCCCAAUGACUGGAAAGGUUUUUGCUUCGGCAACUGACCGCAAACAAAACUGGAACGGGAUUCAACAGGACAUAACUGGUCGGGUGCAGAGCAAGCUUGCCUAUGAGGUCACUGCAAUUGUUCGAAUAUUCGGAAAUUCUCCCAGUGCAGACGUACGGGCAACAUUAUGGGUUCAAAACACAAACCAGCAAGAGCAAUACAUUGGCAUUGCCAAUGUACAAGCAACAGAUAAGGACUGGACUCAGUUGCGAGGAAAGUUUCUUUUGAAUGAAGCUGCUUCUAGAGUAAUUGUAUAUUUGGAGGGACCAUCAGAAGGCACUGAUAUACUUGUGAACAGUUUAGUUGUGAAGCGUGCAAUGAAGCCAUCACCUUCACUUCCACCUGUAAUUGAGAUACAGGGCGAGGCCUGUUUUAGAUGCAAUCUGAUUUCUGGAGGACAACCUGGCUGCUUUUGAUGUUAUGUGACUGGUAAGGAGUACCGCUGGAGCCAUUACCUUUUGGUUGAUUUGCAGCAUUUGCUUCUUGGUAGGAUCAAUUUCUUCCAAAACUUUCGUGUGACCUAACAAAGCAAAAGAACAUACUUUAGUUUGU